AGUGAACGUGACGAACUGUGUGAGUGCGAUGAUGCUCGAGAACCAUAACGAAGACAGAUCUAGAAUAAUAAGUUGUGUAUGACAACUGCGGGGAUUAUUCGGGUUGUGGCUUUGAAUGUGUGAGUGAGUGAGUAAGUGAGAGAAAGAGAGCGAGAGACACACACAACUGGCGAAGUUUCCGGUGUCGAGCUUAGUACGGAUGCGGGAGCGACGUUGGGGGCUCAGAUCGAGGAUGGACCGCAAGUUUUUCAACGUGUUCAUGUUGGGCUUGGCCUUCAUGCUGUUGUUCACUGCAUUUCAGACUUCGAGCAUCAUUGAGAAAACGGUUCUGGAAAGCAUUCGUGCUGAAGAUCCGAGCUUCACUGCUGAUGGAUACGUGAGCUUGGCAAUAAUCUAUGCCGCCUUUUCCGUCGCCAACUGGAUCGCUCCUUCCGUCAUUUCCGUGGUCUCUCCGAAAUGGACGAUGGUGAUUGGGGCUUCACCUUAUGUGGUAUUUAUUGGAUCAUUUCUUCGGCCGACGACGUGGCUUGUUUAUUUAAUGUCAGCAUUGCUGGGGAUCGGAGCUGCAUUACUCUGGACUGGUCAGGGCACAUACUUGACCAUGAACUCGGAUGAAGAUAACAUGGUGCGCGACUCGGGCAUCUUUUGGGCCAUGAUGCAAACGAGUUUGCUGUUCGGAAAUCUCCUGGUAUUUUUCGAGUUCGAAGGACAAAAGACUAUUGGACUCGAAACUCGGACAACAGUUUUCUCUGCUCUUCUCGCAGUCGCCAUUCUUGGUUACCUCGUAUUUUGCGUCCUGCGUUCGUAUCAACCAAACCGUCCCGGAAACACUUCGUCUGAUGAUCCGGAAGUUCUUCACACUGCCGGUGCUGUGUCUAGUCAAAUCGUGCGAGGUCCGAAAGAGGCUUUGGUUGCCAGUGCCAAGCUUUUUGUCACAAUGGACAUGGCUUUGUUGAGCGUCACGUUCUUGUAUUCUGGGGUGGAGAUGAGUUUUUUCAGCGGGGUUUACAGUGCGGCCAUUGGGUUCACGGACCAGCUGGGUGCGGAUGCUGCGAGGUACAUUGGAAUUUCCGGAAUGCUGAUCGGUGCUGGAGAAAUUACGGAGAUUUAUUACAUGGGUCAGCAUCUGGUGGAAGCCGUUCCGGUAUGUGUGACUGCCUGUCGGAAUGUAAAUUAG